AUGAGCAAAUUCAAAGAAAAUGAUGAGAAUAUUACUGUCGAAGCGGUAAUUAGGUAUUGCGUUUUAGAGCAUCUCAAGAUCAUGCAAAUCACAAAUACUUUAAAUAACUGCCUAAGAAACGUCACACUGCUGGAAUUUAUUGUGUUAUCAGCUCAGAUCGCUUUAAUUGCAUUUGAAGGAUUUACUAGUCGGUCUGCAAACACAGUAGUUGUUUGCAUUGUACAUGUGUUAUUGCUUCUGGUGCAUAUGCUUUUGUUCUACUGGCACGCUGACGAAAUAAGACAUGAGAGCAUGGCGAUAUCCGAAGCUCUCUAUGAAUCGGAUUGGUACGAAUAUAGUAGAACUACCAGCAGUACCAUUCAUAUAAUGAUGAUGCGAUCUCAACGACCAUUAUCCCUGAGCGUUGGUCCAUUUGGAGAAAUGUCUCUGACUAUGGCCUUGAAAAUUCUGAAGGGUGUGUACACAUACAUGACAUUUCUUCAACACAGCUAUGGACAGACAUCGAGCCUGGGAACCAAUAAAUAUCCAUUUAGAUGA